GCGCGGGCUGCGCGGCCUGUGUCGGCUUUUUGCAGACCAGUCCCAAGAGGGGAAGGAUCACGUGUGCACUCGGGGGUGCUGCGGAGGGGUUCGGCAUCGGGAAGGAGAUCCAGACUCGGACAGAAACCGAGGCUGACAUCGAGCACGGGCUGUGUGGGCGGCUACCGGUGCCAAGGCCGGCGGGAACCCUCGCCGGGGGGCGGGAUCAGAACGGCUCCUCUCGCGCGAACUGUGCGGCCCGCGCCGGACAUUGUGGGAGCGUGGCGGCUAAGAUGGCGGAGGCUUUUGGGGAUGAGCUCUUCAGCGUGUUCGAAGAUGACGCGGCCGCCGCUGCUUCUGGCACCAAGAAGAGCAAAGCGAGCCCCGCCGAAGGUGCCAGGAGGCCGGGAAAACGAGUGGAAGAAAAACCUUCAGUACCAGCAGCAAUAGUCAAGCCAAAAAGGGAAGUUGAGAUUGAUAGUACUGAAAAUGUCAAUUUGGGAAAAAAACCUAAACUGGAAGAUGUUUUAUCAGAAGAUGUUAAUCUGAUAGAUCUGAUGCCUCAAGUAAAGGUGCAGUCUGUGGAAACGGUUGAAGGUUGUACACAUGAGGUUGCACUUCCCGCAAAUGAAGAAUUCACAGGUCUGAAGCCAAGAACUGGAAAAGCUGCAAAAGAAUAUCCAUUUAUUCUUGAUGCCUUCCAGAGGGAAGCUAUUCUUUGUGUAGAUAAUAACCAGUCUGUGUUGGUGUCAGCUCAUACAUCAGCUGGUAAAACUGUUUGUGCUGAGUAUGCAAUUGCCCUGGCUUUGAGGGAAAAGCAGCGCGUGAUAUUUACAAGUCCAAUUAAAGCUUUGAGUAAUCAGAAGUACCGUGAGAUGUAUGAAGAAUUUCAGGAUGUUGGUUUGAUGACUGGGGAUGUCACCAUUAAUCCUAGAGCGUCUUGUUUGGUAAUGACAACUGAGAUCUUGAGAAGUAUGCUUUACAGAGGUUCUGAGGUUAUGCGUGAAGUUGCAUGGGUUAUUUUUGAUGAAAUUCACUACAUGAGGGAUACAGAACGUGGCGUGGUUUGGGAAGAGACUAUUAUUUUGCUUCCUGAUAAUGUACAUUAUGUGUUCCUUUCUGCAACUAUUCCAAAUGCCCGUCAGUUUGCUGAAUGGAUCUGCCAUCUUCACAAACAGCCUUGCCAUGUGGUUUACACUGACUAUCGACCCACUCCACUGCAGCACUAUAUAUUUCCAGCAGGAGGAGAUGGACUCCAUCUGGUUGUUGAUGAAAAUGGAGAUUUCAGAGAAGAUAAUUUUAAUACAGCAAUGCAAGUGCUUAGAGAUGCUGGAGACUUAGCAAAAGGGAACCAGAAAGGCAGGAAAGGAGGAACAAAAGGUCCUUCAAAUGUUUUUAAGAUUGUGAAGAUGAUCAUGGAAAGGAAUUUCCAACCGGUGAUUAUUUUCAGCUUCAGUAAGAAAGACUGUGAAGCUUACGCACUUCAGAUGACAAAGUUAGAUUUCAAUACAGAUGAAGAAAAAAAAAUGGUUGAAGAAGUCUUCAAUAAUGCAAUUGAUUGUCUCUCAGAUGAAGACAAAAAGCUUCCUCAGGUUGAACAUGUGCUUCCCCUUCUGAAGCGAGGAAUUGGUAUUCAUCAUGGUGGUUUGCUUCCUAUCUUGAAAGAAACCAUAGAAAUCCUUUUCUCAGAGGGCCUAAUAAAGGCCUUAUUUGCAACAGAGACGUUUGCUAUGGGAAUUAAUAUGCCAGCCAGGACUGUGCUGUUUACAAGUGCCAGUAAAUUUGAUGGAAAAGAUUUCCGAUGGAUAUCCUCAGGUGAAUACAUUCAAAUGUCAGGUCGCGCAGGACGCCGAGGUAUGGAUGAUAGAGGAAUAGUAAUUCUCAUGGUGGAUGAAAAAAUGAGUCCAACAAUUGGCAAGCAGCUUUUGAAGGGUUCAGCUGAUCCCUUAAACAGUGCUUUCCACCUGACAUACAACAUGGUAUUGAACUUACUUCGAGUAGAGGAAAUUAACCCUGAAUACAUGUUAGAAAAAUCAUUUUAUCAGUUCCAACAUUGCAGAACUAUUCCAGAAAUAGUGGAAAGAGUCAAUAAUUUGGAAGCACAAUACAACAAAAUUGUAAUUCCCAAUGAAGAAAAUGUGGUGAUAUACUACAGAAUCCGCCAGCAGCUUGCAAAACUGGGUAAAGAUAUUGAAGAGUAUAUUCACAAACCAAAGUACUGCUUGCCCUUUCUACAGCCAGGAAGACUGGUAAAGGUGAAGAAUGAAGGUGAUGACUACGGAUGGGGAGUGGUUGUUAAUUUCUCUAAGAAAUCAAAUGUUAAGCCAAAUUCCAGUGAAUUGGACCCAUUGUAUGUAGUUGAAGUGCUCCUGCACUGCAGCAAAGACAGUUUGAAAAAUUCUGCAACUGAGUCUGCAAAACCAGCCAGACCUGAUGAGAGAGGCGAGAUGCAGGUUGUUCCUGUUUUGGUGCAUCUUGUCUCAGCUAUCAGCAGUGUCCGACUCUACAUACCAAAAGACCUGAGGCCUAUUGAUAACAGGCAGAGUGUGUUAAAAUCUGUACAGGAAGUACAGAAACGAUUUCCUGAUGGAGUGCCCUUACUAGACCCUAUUGAUGACAUGGGCAUCAAAGACCAAGGGUUGAAAAAAGUAAUCCAAAAAAUAGAGGCAUUUGAGCACAGGAUGUAUUCACAUCCUCUUCACAAUGAUCCAAACUUGGAAACCAUAUACAAACUUUGUGAAAAGAAAGCACAGAUUGCUAUGGAUAUUAAAGUGGCAAAGCGAGAACUGAAGAAAGCCAGAACUGUCCAGCAAAUGGAUGAGCUCAAAUGCCGCAAGCGUGUUUUGAGAAGGCUGGGGUUUGCCACGUCUUCAGAUGUUAUUGAGAUGAAAGGACGGGUUGCUUGUGAAAUCAGCAGUGCUGAUGAACUACUCCUGACAGAAAUGAUGUUCAAUGGUUUCUUCAAUGAUUUGUCUGCAGAACAGGCAACUGCACUUCUUAGCUGUUUCGUGUUUCAAGAACAUUCCAGUGAAAUGCCAAAAUUGACUGAGCAGCUGGCAGGACCACUUCGGCAAAUGCAGGAGUGUGCAAAAAGAAUCGCCAAGGUAUCAGCAGAAGCAAAACUGGAAAUUGAUGAAGAAAAUUAUUUGAAUUCUUUCAGACCCAACCUAAUGGAUGUUGUGUAUACGUGGGCAAAUGGAGCUAAUUUUGCUCACAUCUGCAAAAUGACAGAUGUCUUUGAAGGUAGCAUAAUUCGUUGCAUGAGGCGUCUAGAAGAACUGCUUCGGCAGAUGUGCCAGGCUGCAAAAGCCAUUGGGAACACAGAACUGGAAAAUAAGUUUGCAGAGGGGAUUACAAAAAUCAAGAGAGAUAUUGUGUUUGCUGCAAGCCUUUACCUGUAACAGCAGAUGUCUUCCAGAAACUAUAUUGACAUGAUGGAACAAAUUCAUCAGUGUCACAUGUGGCUUCCAUAUCAAGCAAUUCCUUUUAAUGGUGUUUACUUAAACCACAGUUGAUUCAACAAGGCAUGUACAAACAGCAGUGUAUAUAAUAUAACUUGUUACAGUUUUCAAUAAAAAUUUACAGUUGUAAUAGCUUUCUUUUAAGCAAGAGCUUGAACCAACAGAAAUUUAAAGUUUAGAUGUACAAUAACUGUGGUAGAUGUUACUAUAUACAGGUUAAGUGAGCAGCCAAGAGCAGCAGCAGCAGUCCCUCAAAGGCAAUUACUUAUAUUACAGAGUUAGACUUGUGAAAUUGUUUUCUUUCAGAGCAAUGUAGGUAAUGUGGGUCAUUCUUCAUGGUUGAUGAUUGCUGCCAAAGUGAUUUCCAUUUGUUGGAGUCUCAUGUAGGGUUGUAUGGGAAUCUUCUUUUGGUUGAAAUGUACAUCCUCUCACUUUGAAGAAGUCUGACACAUACACAACCUAAGAGAAAAAAUUAGUGUUGUGUUAAUCAGUGUUAAAUUAUUCCUGCACUCACGAGUCUUUGAAACAAGAACUCUGCAGCAGGCAAAUUCUAUAACCAAAACUAAUAAAAAGCUUAAUCAGUUUAAAAGAUUAGAAAAUGUCAGGGAAGUCUUGUACAAAAUUCAUACAUCUGUUCUUUUGAUAGCUUUUUCACCUUGCCAUUGACCAUUUAGCCACAGAAGGUUUAAGCAAAAUUCAAGGCUUGUGCUGACUGUCUUACUAGGCACGCUCCGUUACAACAGCCUUAGUUCGAACAGCUCUAAAUGAAGGAGCAAAAUAUGAUUUUUGAGGGCCCAUAAUGCAAGUUUAGUUAAUUUUUUUUCUGUAGUUUAGUUAGAACAGAACAGGAGAAGUGGUGCUUUAGCUGGACCCAGCAGCUGUAAGGCCAGCUCUAUGUAUGUAGUCCUUUUCUGCAGUCCUUGAAACAUAACACCUCACUUCUUCACAGCUAGGAGACAUCUCCCUCACUACAAGACAGGUGGUUGAUCCAAUUCUGCAGCUUGCUGUCUUCCACUGCUCAUUUCACCAAGUCCCAUAGCAGAUGUGCCGGGCACAGUGCUCCAUGGAGCGCAAUAAAUGAGAGCCUAACAUGAUCCCUUCCUGUAUUGCGUCUUCCCCUCCCACUGCGGAACACUGUCCAUGGCGGAAGAAACAAUCUCCCACCACACUGGCAGCCAGCUGAUGAUCCAGCACACUGCUUUAGCCACAGACCAUGGGAGUUUCAGCUUCCACUUAAAGCCAGAUUUCCUCAGUUCAAUUUAGUGAUCUAUUUGCAGUUGCUGGGCUGCUAUGCUCUAACCUCAGCUUGCUGUUUUUAGAGAGGAACUCAUCAGUUCUUUCAGAUGAGAGUCUGAGGGUGGUGGCUGGUGCUAGUGUAUAUUUUUAAAAAUAAUUUCGUGACCUUUCAACUCCACUCGCUGUAAUGCUACUUUCUACUCUUUCUUGUAUUACCAAGCACCUUCUGAAUCAUCCAACAUCCUUGACUAAACUUGUUUUCCUAAUAAAAGUGUCCUCACCUCUUUGA